AUGAAGUUCUUCGAGAACAAUUUCACCUACGAUUAUUCCUUUCCCGCCGUUUCUCUAGCCUACUUCCUUCGCUAUCCGAAUCCGUACUCCCGUCAUGUCCUCACAACCGACGUUAUCGACCGUUAUGUCGAUCCCAAGACUGAGCGUCUUCACACCACUAGAUUGCAUCUAAAGAAAUCAAAAGUCCCUUCGGGUAUACUGAAAUUGCUCCCUAAGGGCAUGGGCGGCUCGGACAACUCGGGCCAAAGCUACAUCAUGGAAACGACUGUUGUGGACCCCAAGGAAGGCUGGAUGCACACGGAAUCACGCAACAUGGAAUGGACCGGCAUUCUGAGCGUAGUUGAGAAGCAAUUUUUCGAGCGUCAGCCGAUUGAAGGCGCUCUGGAGAGCCUAGUAGGGCUUCCUCUUGACGAUAAGAGGAGUGGCGAGAAGACUACGGUCAAGACGACCGUUAUUUUCAAGUCUCGCUUUGGACAAGGCAAACUGCUGGGCAGUAAGAAGAAGGCUGAGUCAAUUGGUGACCAGGCCGGUGAAGCCGAAGAGCAGGCACCGAAACAGGGCUGGUUCUCCUCCCUGUCCACUGCGGGCAUUCAACGAAGCAUUGAGCUCAUUGGUGUCAACCGGACCAGGGAUGCUGUGCUCAAGAGCAAGCAGGGCAUGAAUGUAGUCCUCGAGCGGCUGCGCAAUGGCGGCAUCGUUGGCGUUUUGGAGGGCAUGCGGCAGGACCGUGAGGCCCUCUAUGGACCCGAGGGCCCUUGGAAGCGGGUCUGGCUUAAUGGCAACGGUCUUAAGGAAACCGACGAUGGCAAUUGA